AUGUGGUUUUUCCUUGUCGUGCUAGGAUCGUUCGUUGUCACUUCUGUGAAUGCGGAUUUCCGUUUGAGUGAUUCGAAAUUGUUGUUGCCAUACCAUAGUUUUGCCCCUAUUAAUUACACUCUUCGUGGUUCUGCUGGUGCUUGCUACGAAUGGCGGUCUGGAACGCCAGAAGUCGCUACUGUCACUCCGCUAUCGAAAGACAACUCAGUAUGUAGCUCUGAGGCUAUUGUUACCGUUAUUUGGAACUCUCCGCAUCGUGCAGUUACCACUAUUUAUGCCCGUGUCUCAAGUCAUGUUGUUAAAUGUGAUGUCAUUGUUGAUGACAUUCAUCACAUAGAAAUAGAAACAACCACCCAGGAGUUAUAUUUGCAUAAUACACCUGAGUCGCUGACCGUAGUAGCCUACGAUGAAUACGGAAAUACAUUUUCCACGCUGCACGGUGUUCCAUUUGAAUGGCGCAUCCAUGGAGAUACCUAUAGCGGUGCUGCUGAUGGACAUACCGUUCUUCGUUUUUUGACGUGGACCGAAUCGGAGUAUGCCACACCACCCUCAAUAGCGGUGCUCGAAAGUCGGGGAAUGCAGGGUCAUAUGCAAUUAGUCAGUGGCCUGCGCACGGGUUCGGCCGUUGUUGAUGUUUCUUUGUGGGAGUCAGUUUAUUCGAGUGUACCGGCCGCCCAUGUUCGUCUUCUGGUUAUGGCCAACGCCCAGCUCAGUCCCGCUUUGGCCUAUCUCAUGCCUGGAUCUGAACUCAAGCUGUCAGUUCGUGUUGUUAAGCAGGGAAGUGAAAAAGACAUUCCGAUGCCUUCUUCACAAUACCACUUACUGGUGAACGAUACUGAACUGGCUGAACUCGAUUCAGUUGAUGGAUGCACAGUCUUAGCAAAGCGUUACGGUCAAACGGAAAUCACACUUUUCGAUCGCAAUGUGGAAGAGGCUCUGGAGAAUGUUCACGCAGUGGCUCGCGCAGAAGCACAGGGGGACGAACAUCUCCGGCUUCCUCGUCGGCGUCCUCCGACUUCUCUGAUUCACAUUGUCGAACCUGCUUAUUUUGGAUUCAUCAUGCAGGCCUUUAUCCACUCACGUUCCACUAUUUGUCAGCGUGCAGCUUUUGUUAGUGCACAUCGGUUAAAUCGUCCCACACAUGAAGAACCUCAGAUCUCGCGCGAUUGGAUUAUGGAGGUUGGGCACAUGUACACGGUGUCCGUGGAAUUGUUUGACCAUAACGGUCAUCGUCUCUAUGCCUUGGAUAACCUACGCGUUGAGUUGAAAACCUCAUCGGAUAAAUUGAGUCUGCAGAACUCGACAGCCAACGGCACAGUGGCAGUUGUUCAACCCACCAACCCAGGACUCUUCACCAUAGAAGCCAGGUUAUUAGGUUUUACGGAUAAAUCCGGUAGACUCAUCCCAUCACCUACUUCCGUCUUUGGUUCGGAAGACAUCGUGGUACACCCGAUCACUGAUGUCCAGCCAUCACUCGUCAUCUUGCCUUGGCCCAUAUCCGUCAACGAAAGUACUGGCUAUAAGUUGAUCGUAUCCGGAGGACAUAGCCCGUAUGUUUGGAGUGUCCUGCAGGAGAGCACAAACACACCGGAGGCGGUUUUAGACGAAACCGGUGGUUCGAUCAGCAACGAGGUAGUCUCCAUCAACCAGAAGGGGGAGUUAAUGGCCAUGGGAUUGGGAGAGGCACUGAUUGUUGCAGCUAGCUCGUCUUACCCUCAUUUAUGCGGGACCGCUAAGGUUUUGGUUACGACGCCAGCUGGAAUUGAGUUUGUUCCCGGCCCUGCGGAAGUUGUAGUCCGUCACAAGGAAGGGCGUAAACGACCGACGAUCUAUAGCGGUCGCCCUUUCGGAGAUGCUGGUGUAUCAAGUCAAGACACUGAAGUAUUAUUAGUAGGACUGGCUGUACUUGACUCGGAAAGACGGAGUAUGACUGAUUGUAGAGGAUUGCCCAUCACCAUCAAACCUCUGGAUCCGUCUAUCAUCGAAGUUUUGCCCGAACGUCUCCCUGCUCGUCCAUUUAACGCGCUAUCGGGUCAUCUGUCAGAAUGCUUACGCAUUCAAGUCGUGGGUCUUCAAGUGGGGUUCACCGAACUCGAGGCGUCUUAUGAAUCACCUGACCCACAUUUGUCUUCUAGCUCAGGAACGAUUGAAACGCGCGGGAAUGUUUCAAACACCAUUUACACGUCUCGUUUCACUAUUGCUGUCUAUCGGAAUAUCUUGUUUAUGGAUCCAAGCUUGGACACAACUCAUGUCGCUCUCGGUUCUACACGGGAAUUCACAUAUUCUCUCGGCCCCUCGCCUUGGAUCUUUGAACCGUCAAGUCACUUCUCUCGCGUUCUUGGCUCGGAUUCCAGUAGUCCACUUCUGCCUCUUGAUCCACAUUCACUACCCCCCACGGUUAUUCGUGAGCCGUAUGUUGAUAAAAGUCGUCCGAUUCUGUCAUCGGGUGAUUCUUCAGGUUUCUCAGUGCUAGAAUGGAAGUCGCGACCAAUGGUGUUCAGCAUGCGGUGCGAGUCUCUUGGUUCGUUCCGAUUCACGCUUGAGGUGGGGAAUAAACCGACCGCGUUAAACACCAAUCCCAUCAUCAUGCGUGCCAAUUUCACACUCGCAGACUCUGGCAGUCUCCGGCUCCAUGGCGUCCGUGCAUCCGAGGAGUUGGGUGCGACGCAAAGCUUUCCAUCCCGAUCUUCCUACCAGAAGCCCACUGUCACUCCUGGAUUCACACGUCAACUAGGGGUCCCAGUCGCAAAUACAGCCCCGUUUGUUGUAAGUCUGUCGUUUUUCGGUCCAAACGGCCACAAACUGGAAGCGGUCGAUUCGUUGCUGACCACCGUCGCUGCCUUAUCGACAAAUCAAGCUGAUGGUAGCCGUCACCAGCUAAGCAAGUUGGUUUUGAAUGCAGCACCGAAGAUUCAACGUGCCACAAUGGCUCCACCGGACGCAUCACGUUGGAGCUCACCCUAUCCGUUCCUCGGUCCACAUUUCAUUCUGGAGCCACGGGAACCGGGAAAGUCGGUUGGUGCUAUUCAUAUUAACGUGCGAUCUCAUUUGAAUCCUGCGUACAGUUCUGGACUCAAACUCACUGGUUCACAGCUACUGGCGGACGAGGAUCUGAUGGCUACUGUUCUCGCACGAUUCCACGCACCAGCGCACAGUUCAGGUGGAAAUAGUUUGCAAAUUUUCCAUCACACGAAUGUGGAAAUUCCCGUUCCAGUCUCGGGAGGCUCUGGGUAUUUUCACGUAAUUGAUGACCGUGACACUCUUCAAAUAACACUGAACGCCAAGCACCACUCAAAGCCAACCGGUUUCGAUGCAGGUCCGCAUGAAUUCAGACUCAAGUCUCGGCGAAUUGGUUCGACGGUGUUGCGGAUAAUUGACCUUUGCUUUCCUACUUUGCCUCCUAGCAUGGAACCCGUUGAAAUCUAUAAACCUUACGAACUCUUUUUAAAUGUGGAUAUCGUAGGUUUGAGUGCGCUCAAGCUACAUGCCGUUGAUCGAAUUCAAUUAGGGGGACAGAUCGUUGCGAUCGUUGAGCCACUGGAUAAUAACGGACAACCACUCUUCGGGGGUUUUACUCACCUACUUGACCUAAAUAUUAUUCAGCAACCGACAUCACUAGACAAAGGAGUGCAAUCGACGGUACUGGUGCUUGGUGUGCCUGACUUAUCGUCUGAAUCCUACUGGCAAAGUGAUCCAGACCCUCCCAAAACCGAAGCUCAUUUGGCUCGUUUCAACGUUCGUGGAUUGUCUCUAGGAUCCGCUUCAUUAACUGUUAGCUGUGAGACUAUAGAGAACGAAAGUAGAAAGACUGUUGUAAUCCAAAGCAAUGCGGUUGACAUCCAGGUUUUUGCACCACUCCGACUGUAUCCUUGCAACUUCAACCUGCUCUUGGGCGCUGAAUACGAACUUCAUGCUUCCGGUGGUCCGCAUCCGUCAGCUGUGGAGUUCUUCGCGGAAGUCGCUCACAAUGCCGUCUUAACCCUAGAGCAGACGAGGCCAACGAGUGUUUUGAUUCGUGCCGGGGGUACACCCGGAACGGUUUCGGUUCGCGCUCUUACUCGAAGUCGUUCUUCGGCGAUCAACGUGUCUUCAUCAGAUGCCAGCUCAGGUGGUCUUGUGGUCACCUCCGAGGCUUCAUGUAAUAUCCAUGUAGUGGCACUCUCAGGCGUACGAAUUGGAUGUCCUCUCGUCAGCUCUACCGAGAUCGUUCCACAGCCUCAUGCUGGUACCGGAAGCAGCUCACCAAGGGAUCUCAACACGUUGGAGGAGCGAUUUCUCAUUGCCUGUCGACCAGAGGAGCAGUCGGGCAACUGCGGUGUGGCACCUCUGUGGAUCGAGGGACUCGUGGCCCCCAUCAAGUCCACUCGCCAUCGAGCCACGCAGACUGAUACUGCUGGUCAAAUUCUCAACGAGUCUUUCGCUGACGUUGUAACUCCUCUGGGUCUAAGUGGAUCAAUACCAGCAUUGCGUUUCAAAUGGCGAUUGAAUCCUCCACAGCCGACAUCUGCUGCUCGUUUGAAUCACUUUUUGGAAGGCUUCAAUGUGAACAUUCCAGAGACUCACUUGGCUUCGGGUAUGACUCUAAUUGGCCUUGCACCUGGCCGUGUGACUAUCCAUGUGACUGUUGAGGCCACGGACUUAUUACUUGCCCAGCUGGUUGGUUCUAAUGGGACUCCCGUUCGUCAGCUACUCGCCCAACUUAUCGUACUGAUUCUACCGCCGUUAGGACUCCAAUCGCCUUCCGUGCCACUACCUCGACAACUGUUAAUGUCUCCUGAUUCGCACUAUCAACUGAGGCCCAGAGUUGAUGUGCCUUCACAUAGUCAUGUUCAGUACGAAGUCAUCGCCCCACCUACAUCAAACAUCUCAAAGUUGGAACUUCCAGUCACAAUCACUUCCGCUGGAUUCGUUCAGGCUGGUACAAUUGACCGGGUGAAUUUCGAGCGCCGGGCAACUAUCAAGGUUUCUUCGUGGCCCAAAGAUCUACCUGGUGAGUUUGAUUGGCGGACCGCCCAAACUAUGUUUCUGGAUGUCGUCGUGAAGUCUCCUCGUUAUGUCCAUCUAUGCGCCACCCCUGGAGCGUAUAUCCGAUCGACCGGGCUUCCUGUUGGCGGUCCUUAUCAGUUGCAGCUGACCCAUCAUGACGACCUUGGUCGAAGCUUUGACGCCGUUGCAGAUAAGUACCUACAGUUGAGAAGUCAUUUGCAACGUACUGAUUUGAUCGAAGCUAUUCUUUCCGACUUUGUUCAACAACAUCAACCGUCAACACCAACCGUCCUUAGAGGCCUCACUGGGUCUUCGCUAAGUCUCCGUGUUCUCCCGGUAUCGUCAAAUCCAGUGGACACAAAACAUACAACGAACUUCGAUCUUGUCAAUUCUGUGUUACGUUUGGGGCAGACAGAAGAAAGCAGUGGCUUUUGGCCAACUUAUCUGAGCAUUCCCCAUGGAGGUGAACAGGAGUCGAUCGGUUUGUCCAGUAUGGUUGUGUCCCAGUGGACUUGUCUUCCAGAACUGAUAGAUGGCGCCCGUUGGUCUUCAAGCGACCCUUCCGUGUUGUGGGUGGACCGGUCUGGUCGUCUACUGUUGGCGCGUCGUCCUGGUAAAGCUUACCUGCUUUACACUGUGGGGCCUAAUCAUGGCCCUCAGUCUCUGUGGUCUAACUCAAGUUAUGGAACUCGGUUGAAUUAUUUGCGCGGGAUUCGAUUGAAACCACUUCUCGGUGAACCCAUGCAGGCUCCGAUUCGUUUGGUUUUUGUGGAUGCUGAUAGCAACGUUAUAGAGUCAGGUCAUGCUGUUCUGCCGGCCAUACCGCUACAGAUGCCAGGCAACCGUAAGACUUCCACAGCGGUACGAUUCUUGGUUCAAUUGGAGUCAGACACAGGACCAAAGGAUAGUGGUGACCACAACUCGUGCUUCGUAACUGAUGAUAAUGCUCGACACGAGCUGUUGGUCAACUCCCCGAUUCACUGCUCGAUUCAACUUUCAUCGUCUGCUCAACAUCGCGUUGCUCCAAGCUGGCUAAGUUUGCUUGUUCUGUGGUCACAAAAUGAUACCCUUCAGUCUACGGAUUUGAUCUCAUCUGCCUCUGUGCUAAGCGAGUUUGUGAACGCUAAACUGGAACCGGUGACCAAACAAUCUGCUUUUUAUCGCGACUCAAUCCAAUGGCAGUGCGUUCUCCGAACUACUUCACUAUGGCAUCACUUUUCUUCCAUUUUGGGCCUAGUUUUGGAUCCGGAUGCACGGUUAGCAGUACAUUUGAAAAGCUCCGAUGCCCAGGAAGGUGAAUACCCCAUACUGGCUUCCAGUGAGAUUAUUCCUCUACCAGGCUUCCAGGUCGUGAUUCCUCCGGCAUUGGUUCAUCCUAUGGAUCCCGGGUUAACUCACGGUAUUACCUAUCUGGCUUGGUUCAAUAACCCAAGUGAAUUGACUCAGCGGAUGCUAGUGUUUGUUCCACCGGUCACAUCAGCGAUGAUUGUCUCGAAACAACUCGGACCUGAUCGUCUGGUUGUUCGAUCCAAACUGCCCAAUGUCGUGGAUGUGACUGGCCCACCAAGACCCGUUUAUAGCUUGACCGAAGUUUCGCUCAUUUUGGCCGAGUAUACGAACCGGCUUAAAUCUGCCACUCCGAUGGUACUCAACAGCCUACCUUCGUCUUUGGGUCCGGUGGUCGACAUGUGGCGCACUCUGGCCGCACAGCAGACUCAGCAGGUAGAAAAUGAGGCCGCAGUUUCCAGUGACGGCACUUUGAUUAAACAACAACUUCUUUGGGUGGUUGAAUUGCGAGCGAGCGUAGGCGAUGCCGCCGUAAGUACAAUCGUGGACGUGGUUGUGAGUCUCCGACAGACGGGUCAGCAUGUGGUCAUUCCUGUACAAGUUCAUCUACCGUCCAAAGCGGAUCUCUCGAGUUCCAUGGGUCAGACAAGCUGGAGGUUGCAGUCUACGGGGUUCUCGUGGCUUCAUUUAUUCGCUUUGGUUCUGAUCACGCUUUUAUUCGCGAUUGUUGUUCAUGUGGUGCUUCGAUCUAGCACAUUGGUCAGCUCCUCGGAUGGUCUAAACGUCACAAAGGACCUCCCUGCCGGUGUGAGCCCCAGCGCGACCCGCAAAAGCCCGCGCCAACUCUGGACCCAUGGCUACCAACCGUUUUCCACUCUCCGAUCCCCCAACGUACUCUGCGGACAGUCUAUUUAUGGAACGAACCUCUCGCCUCCGCCAGGUGGACUAUACUACGGUGGUCCGUCGAGUCACUCCCCCUUGGGUGAUGGUGACAUGGCGAUGGAAGAGCGCAAAUGGAGGCGUGCUUUGAGCGGUGGAUCACCGUCGAGGUUACGGGAUACCUUCGAUAGCAUUUAGACUUAACUCUCUGAAGGACAGAAUUUUGUAAUUGAUAAACCCAGAUCUUAACAGUCCGCACCACUAUACACGCAACUCGUGCCUUUCCACGGCAAUGUUCCAAACCGUUUAUCGUUAUUUUUUUGUACAUAAUUGUAUCAGUUUCGUAUGAGCUUUGUUUACGUACCAGCUGUUGUACAUGUCGCUUUAGUAGAAGUUCUCCAAAA